AUGCGGUAUAUCAGAGAGAACAAGCGGACGCCCGUCCAGCGAAGCCCGUUGAGCUCGGGAGCGCAUACAUAUCCGGUCUACUCUGUGAACUUAGUCGGCACUCAGAAUGCACACAACAUCGUAAGCCUGGCCUCUGAUGGAUCCUUGUGCUCUUGGAAUCUCGAAAUGCUGGCACAGCCGCGUGAGAAGACUAAGAUAUGCGAGAAGAUUUCUGGUGGCUUGUUUGAUGUCUAUCCGACCUGUAUGGACUUUUUUGCAAAUGAUGUUAACAACUUCGCUAUCGGCUCGGAGAACGGCAACGCCUACACCGAACAACGGCAUAGCAGGUCAGUCAUUGGGUCUAUUCGUUUCAGAUCCUUUACGGUUUAUAUUUGA